GGGACGUCAGUUCAUUCAGAACAGUCGAAGUGCGCAGACCACCACUGGAGAAGGACGACACGGAACAGGAGUCGAAGUCGACCUCCCACCCACCAGCCAGAUCCGAAACCGUAUCCGUAACCGAAUCCGAAUCCUAUUUGGGACACCGUUCAGAGUAGUGAAGUGCAGCCAAAAUAAGGAGCCAUGAGCAGCAUGUCAUUGCCCAGCAGCAGUUUGCUGGUCAUCCUGGCGCUGAUCCUGUGCCUCAGUCCGCCGAUCCGGGCGGUGCCCGCCUCCGUUCUCGCCCAGGACACGGAGCUUUCCACCAGCGCCAAUCAUAAGCUCCAGCAGCAGCUGGAACAGCAGCAACAGCCGGCAGCAGCGAAACGCUCCGAGGAGGCGACUGCGAAUGCCGUGCCAACGGCGGACAAGAAGUCGAGUCCGGAAAUUGUGCCCGCUUCCUUUAGCAAUACUCCCUCGGCCCGGAACAAUCCCAUUCCGAUCUCCGUCGCCAGUCAGCCGCAACAGGUGCCAUCCGGCCUGUAUGCCCUGCCCUCGAACGACGAGAUCCUGGCCGCCGUGGCAGCCGCCGCCCAGAAUAGCCAACAGCAGCUGCAGGAGGAGCCAACUGCCCUGGAGGAGGCGGUGGCCAGCUCCACGAUGCGCAAGCGGGGCAUCAACUACGAGUACAACCCGUACUCCGCGCUGGCCUCCAGCGACUACGGCAGCGAUGUGCCCAGUGGCGUCUGGUCGGAUGACUACGAGGCCGCCGUCCCGGUGAGCUAUGGCGAACGGGAUCUGCAGGAAAUCGAAGACUACGUUCCGGAGCGAAGAGUGAGUGGAUCGAGUGCGCGAAACAAGGCCUACGAUAAUCUGCAAAAUCUCCUGAAUGCCGAGGCCUAUCUGGAGAGCAUUCCCCUCUCGGUUCCGCUGACCUAUGCCAACCGGAACUACAACUUGGAUGACCGGAACAAGCGCGGUAUCUACUACAACUUGGGAGGCAACGGUGGUAAUAGUGCGAGUGGCCUUCCCAGCGGAAGCGGAUAUAAUAGCGAAAAUAUCAACCUCAACAAAUACCGACGAUUCAAUGAUAUGCGCCUGAAACGCGACACCCAGUUGAACCCCGCCGAUAUGUUGGCCCUGGUUGCCUUGGUGGAGGCCGGAGAAAGGGCGCGCAAGGAGAGCGAUGUGGAGAGCGCCGUGCCGGUGCCCAUGAUUGCCUCCGAUUCCGAUUUGGACUAUGUGCCGGCGGCCAGUUGGAUGGAUGUACCUGUACAGGCGCAACCCGCUCUGGUGGACUACUACGACAACCAGAACCAGAACAACCAGGUGAUGCCCAAAUACGAGUACGUGCCGCGUCAGCACAAGUACAAUGGAGUCAAUAGCCGUUUCGGUUCCUCAAAACAGCGAUAUAUGGUAGCCAAGAAGAAGCGCUCCGUUAGUCAAAGCCAAUUCAUGAACGAACCGGUGGCCGAACGCGGAUCCAGCUAUAAUGGCGAGAAGUACUUCUAAAGAUCCCAAACAGCAUCGAUAGUCUAUAUAGUAUUUAAUGAUAGCCACAGGCCCCACGAAGAGUAUUUCUCACAAAGAAACCCAAAAAAAAAAACUAAAAUUUCUAAUUCAAUUAUAGUAAUGAGAUAGUGUCAAGGUCAACUCGUGUGCAAUUUCUGUGUAGAAUUUCAAUUUUAAACCAACUAACAAGAAUUAAAUUAUUGUUAUAUGCAUAUGAACAUUAAUAUAUAUAUUGUGCUAUGUCAAGAACAUAAUCAAAUCGAUGUUUUUAGGACGCCGAACAGGGUUCGGCGAUUUUGUCCCACGAAAUCUAACCCUAGCCUAACCGAAAUGGAACUAAACCGAAUCUAUGCCAACUAAUCCCUGUAUGAAAUCGAUGUCUAUGGCAACUAAAUGUACAAUUACUGAAAUCCAGAGAAACCGCAACUAUCUGUAUCUACUUGUGUAAUACUUAUCGAACUAGAGGCUUCCCGACUAGUACAAAAACAAUGAGUGGAGAACGUUCAAAUAUAUAUAUAUAAUAUAUACAAAUAUCGAUGGCAACAAUCGCCAAAAUCGGCUAGUUAUCAACUUUAAUCGAGCUCAGAAGCGACAAUGGUCCUCUUAACUGCUUUAAUUUAUAACUAAAUAUUUUUGACACCACCACAUUGAGAACUAUACUAUUUUAUAGACACGCGCCGACUUGAGGACAAAACGAUCUGACAAUUGAUGAGAAUUUUAAUCGUAUAUACCUACUGAAUAUCCGCAGCAAAAUAUAUUAUAUAUAUAUAUAACUAUAUGUAUACAAUAUGCAAACUAUUUGUCAAAAUUAAAAGUGGCUCAGGAGCAUAAAUAUUUUAAAUAUCUUAUGCCGUCGAUGGAGAGGCGUAUCUUUAAUUUGAAUGAAAUUGUCUGACUGUUUUUGGUAAUAAUCAAAUAUACAUACAUAUGUACUAUGGAAUAUGAUAAAAAAUAAAUUAUAAAUUACUUAUACAGAGAUAAACACGAUGAGGAGGAGUAUUUAAAAUGCAUUAAUAGCGUAUAUGUGUGUGUGUAUACAAUACAAUACAGAAAACUAUAUAUAUAUAUGAACACUCAAGUAACUAUAAUAUAAUAUAUAUUUUCCCUUACACUUUUUGGGUCUCCGAAUAUUUGGCCUUUAAUUUACGCCUUAAGUUCCGAGCGCGAGCUUAAUUUGAAAAUAUAUUUAUUUACAAGCAACUGAUUUACGAUUAAAUAAAAUACGUCUUUGGUUUGAAAACCAAUGAAAUAUUGGAUAAA